AUGAUUUCGUAUGUGGAGUGUCUGAGUGGCGAGGGGGCGGGGCCUGGUGUGGCGUCGCGCUGUUGGAACCCGGGUCCCGAUGAAGAGCUAGAUGAGCUUCUUCCUCGCAAGAUGGCCGCCCUGCAACCAAAGACAGAGGGCAGCCUGCGCCGCCGCCUGCUCAGCGCCAAGAUCCACCAGCACCACGACGCCGUCUGGCGGAUGAAUACAGGGGGCGUCGCCGACAGGCCGGGGUCCCCUACAGGUGACAGGAAGCACCAGCCCCCCCAACUUCUCUACUCCGGCAACAGUCCCUGGCACCACGCCCAGCAACUCCCAGCACGCCCCCACAUCCACCCUUCCUUUACCCCAGAGGCUCAUGGGAAACUAUUCCUUGCUCCAGAGAUCUAUGGAAAACCCCACCCACAGACCGCACCCCUUCAGUCGCAGCGCCCUACGUGCCCCAUCCUCACCCAGCGCUGCCGAACAAGCUCAUGUCCCCCCACACCUGAACCCCGCCCCGGCUACACCAUGUCCUUCCCGUCCUCUCACGGCGCCCUGCCCCCCUUCAGGGAACCAGCGGUGCCGCCGCAGUACCAGUAUCAGCCCAGCAGGAGGCGCAGGACCAACUUCUUAUGCUUCAGACGGCGUCAAGGGAGGAGCUCCAGGCUGGAAGCCACCCAAACCACGCCCCUUCUACACAGAGCAGGGGACAGGGACAGUAAGUGGUCCGUUCACUACACUACCCAGAAGCCUCAGCAGGGUCUGGUCUUCAUCCCGGGGAAGAGACGCUCGGGCAGCGUGGACGAUCUGCGAGUGUGGAACAGGCUGACUCAGCAUGGCUACAGUGAACACGCCAGCUCACACCGCCGCCAGCAGAGCCCCGCCUCCCCUCUGUCCUCUGCUGGCCUGGACCAAUCAGAGGGCAGCAGGCGCAGAGGAUGGAAGGACAAAAGCGGGAAGAUGUCGUCGACGUCAUCAGAAGAAGACGAGAGGUUGAUCCUGAACAACACUCGACCUCUGACCCCGCUGGUCCUGAACCCCGUCACCUCUCGCUGGGAUGUCUUCCCCCCCGACAACGAGCCAACAGCCUAUUUCGAGAUGGAGGGGACAUCUCGGCUUCCGACGCCGGAGGAGAAGAUGAGGCGGCAGGCGGACGCCAUCCCCGCUGAUAUCGUGGCCAUUAAUAUAACAGGGGAGAGUUUUGAUCGUCAGGCCAGUUUUCGAAGAACCGUGUCCAGCUGCGACUCGUUGUCCCACCGCCCCCGAAGCCUGAGCCGCCGCAAGACUGUGACAGGGAUACCUGAUGAUGUCAGCAGUACGCCGGACUCGUCUUUGGCGUCCUCUGAUCUCCCUGGUCAGUUCUCUCCCUCUGCGUCCUCCUGUGGCUCCGCCCCCGAGCAGGAGCAGGAGGCGGAGGACAUCAGUAAGGAUUCAGCAGUGCGAAGGAUCCGGGCCCCGAGAGGAGCGGGGAUGUCCAGCCUCAUGGCCUCCCUCACCUCCUCCCCCUCACCAGGGCCUCUCCCCAGUCUGCCGACCAACUCCUCUCUGAGCUCUGAGGCCAGCUGUAACAGCGCCUCCUGCAGGACGCUCAGCGCCUCCUCGUCUUGCUGUCAGUCUCAGGAUUUACAGGGUUUCUCCAGCGACCAGCAGCCUCUGCUGCCCUUUGACCCCCCAGCCAGAGUCGUCCCACUGUCCACCUCCUCCCCCGGCUCCUCCUCUCUUCCCAGCACUCCUAGCCGUCCCCUGGCACCAGAGUGGUCGUACCCCAGCGCUGAGCCGCUGAACGAGACUCCUCAUGUCUCUCCUUCCUCCUCCCACUACCUCUCCUCCUCCUCCAUUACAAACUCAGAGUUCAGCUACCAGGCUCUGGACGAGCAGGGCGACCCACAAUCCUCCUGUGAUGGGGGUUCGUACAGGGGGAACAGAUGGAGCUACCAGCCGCUCUCCCCCAGUUCCAGCGUCCUCAGUGGUCCGACCGGGGACGAGUGGGCCGACGUCAGCCAGGAGACGAGAUGUGUUUCUGGGGGAGGUUGGAGCCUUGACCCCCUCCUCACCUCUGGUCGCUCGUCUCCAGCGUGUUCAGAGUUAAACUGUGAGAGAAGAAGAUCCAGCACCUCCUCCUCCAACUCUCGCUCCAUCACCCACAGCAUCUCCCUCCGCAAGUCCAAGCUCCCGCCUCCCCCGCCAUUACGUGAUGACUCCCUGCGGCGCCCCCGGCCUAAUCGUAGUAAAUCCUCCCGCUCCUUGUCCAGUCCUCGCCAGCAGGGCCGUCCCCAGAGCCUGGAAGACACCUCCCAGGGGACGCCUACCUCGUCCCCGGGGAGCUGCUACGACCCCUGGGUUCCCCGGACUCACACAGGAAGACGUCAGAGCGGUCAGAGCUGCGGGACGGUCACGACCUUUGAACCCUUAAACCUCCAGACAGCGACCUCUGCCGACUCCCCUCCCCCCAGCCCCCCCGUCGCCCACGUCCUUGCCCCCGGGUCUCCAGGCUCAGAGGAGGAGGGGCUUAGAUUUACUCUCAACCCUCAAACAGUUGCUCCUUCUGGUCUGCAGCGCCUCGCGUCGCCCUCUAGUGGAUACUCCAGCCAGUCGAACACCCCCAUACCUGGCACACCUGUGUCCUCCCCCCUCUCCCCCUCCUCCCCUAUCACAGAAGGAAAGCCAAAACCUCCCGUACCGGAGAGGAAGUCCUCGCUCAUUUCCUCGCUCUCCUCGUCCUUUUCUUCCACUUCCUCCCUCUCUUCCUACACUUCCUCUGAGUCUCAGAACCGUCGUGUCAACGUGGCCACACCCACUUGUCCCCUGGUCACCGCCCAGGCUCUGCAGGGGGUCAAGCUUCGCUCCAUCAGGACCCAGGGAGCCUUGCUCAGUAGCACUGUGCUAGCCAAUGCUAACAGGUCUCAUGCUAACCAACCAAGCAAGGAACCUCCACUAGACAGGCCUGUGCUAGCCAAUGUUAACUUGGCUAACACUGAUGUGAAGCUAGCGGAGGACAGAUCACAAACCACUGGUUAUUACCUCAGAGGUAAUGAAGACAAAACCACUGAAGACGUGUCAGCUCAUGCUAAUCCUGGUAGCCUGGCGUAUGCUGAUGUUGAGCUAGCUGGGAAUGCACCACAAAAUGCUGUCUAUUACCUUGCUAGCAAUGACGCUAAAACACCCAGAGCAUCAAUGGCUAAAGCUAGCACUCCUAGCCAAGCUAACACUCAAUCAGAUAAUGAUAACUGCAACCAAACCAAAACUGAGACGAUUUCACUCAACAACUCAGCGUUCACUCUUCUUCAGAGCCCACAAGGUUUGAUUUGUAGCACAGCGGCCAACCAGAGACUCUCUGGACCUCAGGUGACCACUGCUCAAGAUGUCCUGACCAAUGAGAGGAGAGAUUCAGACCUGUACACUACGCUAACUAACAAUCAAGUCCCCAGUCCUGAUAUGCCCUGGGUCAACAUGUCUCAGGGUACCAGCAAAAACCCUCUCGACUUAAUUACCCAACGUCCAACAGAUGCUAAGCUAACUGAGCCUGGAGAGAAACAAGGAAACAUCAAAGAUUCUUCUUCACGUUCUCCGUCACGAACAAAUCAAAAGUCUCACAGAGGAAACAGGACAAUGACGUCAGAGAGAGAAGACGUCGUCCGGAAUGAUUCAGACGUGUUGAGCCACAGAGCAGCUGAUAGAGAUUCCUCAGAAGUUCGUGAUUUACAGCUGAGAAAUGACGUCUUAACGAUACGAAGCCCAAAGGAGCUCCGGUCCCCGGAGAAGCCGUCGCUGCCGAAGAAGCCCGACCUUUGCAUUCCGGGUUUCAUGGCAUCUCCUGAAGCCCAACGAGGACCAGGUGGACAAAUCACCUCGUCCUAUCCUGGGCUCGAGAAAAAACAGCCGCAGCUUCCUAUUGGUGCAUCUUCACCAAAACACUUUAUAUACACAACAGCUGUCGGAACAACUCCUGACAAAAUGUUGACACGUGCAAUAAACGCAGCUACUGGUGACAUCAUUGCAGCUGACCGCCCCCCUCCGAGGCAGAAACCACCGGUUCUUCACGAGAAGCCAGAUGUUUCAUCGACCUCUUCCAGAACAAAACCACUUUCAGCAUCUCAGAAUCAGAAGGAGGCGUCUGAAGGAGCAUCCGAGGCCUGUGGCGCUCUGGAUGUCACUGGUGCGCCAUGGACCCAGAGCUCCAGCCCCACUGGGAUUAUAGACACCAGUGGCUCUAGAUUCACGUUCAAUGGGACCGUGGGUACUCUGGAGGACUGUGGCACCUCAGGAGCGUGGAGAUUCUUGGAGUCAUCAGGACCUCCGACCCGGACCGGAGCAGCAGACCCUGGUUGUCCUCGGAUCACGAGGACGAGACUUGAUGAGGACGAGAAAACUCUUCACAAGAGGAUGAUGAGGUCGUCGCUGGCUGAAGAUGAAGAGGAGGAUCACAAGAUGGAGGAGAGAGUGAUGAAGACAACGAUGAUGAUGGCGUCCUCCAUGAAGAACAAAGUAAGGAAGAAGAGGAGAAGGAGGACAGGGGGGCAACUGCUUAUGAUGUCAUCAACUAGGGAGCCCUCCCUCUCAUCGUCUUCAUCCUCAUCAUCAUCUUCAUCCUCAUCUGGUGAUGAAGAUGUGAUGAGAGAAGGAAAAAUGCAAACAAGGGAGGAAGUGUCCGGUGCUCUGAUUGGUCAGAGCAGGUACCCCCUCAGUAGCGCACUGUCCUGUGACAGCCUGCAGGGGGAGCUGUGGCUUCCAGACCUCCUGAUACAGGAACCAGGGUUGAGGAAGGAGGACGGACGACCUCAGGACGCUGAUUUGUUCGAGAGAGUUUCAGCAGAUCAGAUGUUCGUCUCUGGUCGACCACGAACCACCGAGGAUCUGUUCACCUUCAUCCACAGGUCAAAGAGGAAGAUGUUUGGAAGAAGAGAUUCAGAGGACGACACACAUUACCCCUCCUCCUCCUCCUCCUCCUCCUCCUCCUCGGUGACCCCCACUGACCCCUCCCCCCGACUUGCAACAUCUAGAGGUCAAAGGUCGAGGAGAAGCGAGAGCUUCAAGGCGCUCUUACUGAGGAAAGGGAGUCGUUUGGAUUCGUCUUCACGUAUCUCUGCUGUCGAGCGGCUUCGCAGAGUGUCUUCUCCUGCCGCUGCUACUGACCACCAGGGGGCGCCGGCACUGCCACGAGCAGCACGCCAGCCCAGCAGUAAACCCACAAACUCGUCACACGCCUCAGACACACAUGACGUUGACAUGGCGUCUCUCACGUCUCCCUGCACGAACUUGUCUGUGACGUUUUGUUUGAGACACAAUCCCCUCCUCGUCACCUCCUCCUCUUCCUCUUCCUUCCUCUCCUCCUCGCGACCUCGCUCCCUCACCCCUCCCUGCUCCAGCAGCCGCCGCUUCGCCGCUCGCUGCCGCCUCUUCGCCGCCCCCAUGGCCGCCAUAUCUGAGGGGGGGAGCGAGGAGGAGGCUGAGGACGAUGAGGUUUUCGAAGUGGAACUAGUCGGAGAGGAAGACUUCCUGAAACCCUUUUAG